CGGCUUACGAGGUGGACGCCACCACCAGCAACCACCUCGCUUUUCCUGAGAUUUGAAUGCGUAUGCAAAUCACCCCAGUAGACGAGAUAAAGGAAAACGUAUAUUAUUAUGACUUGCAUCUUCUUUCCUUCCUCCUCAGUUUCACAUUCAUCGUCCGUGAAUCGUAAAUAAAUAUCAGUUUUGCUAUAAUAGCUUUGAUGAAAAUUAGCAAACUUGACUCAUUUAUGUGAUAUUGUCAAUUUAAUCACAAAAUCAAAUAUGUACAUGAUGGGGUGUCAAUUAGAUUUGUUUGUCAAACAAAAGGGCAAUGUAUGUAAAUGAAGUUGAUAACAACAAUUCAUAUGAAAAGGUAUGAUUUAGCUGUUGUUCUGCAUGAUCUUCCUCGUCAUCAACUCAUUUAGUUUUUUUAAGUAGGAUAAGGUUAUUUAUAAAAUUAAAUUUAACUUUCGACUUGGUGGGGAUGUUUUUGGACCCGUUUGUUGACUAUCUUGACGCCACGACGCACUUGGGAAGGUGGGUAGGCCAACGACAUGGCGUCAUCAUUGACAACUUUAUAUUUUUCUUGCACUAUCGAGUGAGCGUGGCCUUAUUUUUUGGGGCAUCCCUCCUCGUCACCACCGGUUUGUAUGUGGUUGACCCGAUCGAAUGCAUAAGUGACGCGUCUUGGAUUCUGCACGUGCUGGACACCUAUUGCUGGGUGCACUCCACUUUCACCAUUCCUCAACAUUGGAACACUAGCUACAGUCAGGAGAAAGAACUGUCGGCUCACCCUGGGGUAAAACCGCAAAAUGGAAAUCCGGCAGUACUGCAAAGUUACUACCAAUGGGUUUGCUAUGUACUUGCAUUCCAAGCCCUACUGUUUUAUAUCCCUCGUUGCCUGUGGAAAAAUUUAGAAGGUGGAAAAGUUAACACGCUUUUAAAAUUGGUCGCAAAGUUUGACGAUAAAUCUGAGUCAGAUCUCAUUAAGUAUUUCUGUACGGGAAGAAGGCAGGAUAAUAAUAAUAGUUCCUUCUACAACUCGUACUUUCUCAAACUAUUCUCAUGUGAAGUUCUCAAUCUCAUGGUGGACUUGGGUCAGCUAUACUUGGCCACCUUUGCUAAUUUCACUUUCCUUGACGCCAUUCAGUACAUAACGAUGAAUGACCCGUUGGAGAGGGAGGAUUAUAUUGCUCAAAUAUUUCCAAAGGUGACCAAGUGCACUUUCCAUGCGAUCGGCCCAUCCGGCAAUGAUGUAGCGUAUGAUGCUAUAUGCAUCCUCGCUUUUAAUGCAGUCAACGAAAAGAUAUAUCUAGGAAUGCAGUUAUGGUUAGUCAUUCUGUUGAGCAUUUCGAGCAUUUUGGUGAUUUAUCGAUUUCUCCUCCUUAUCCCAGCAUUCCGUAUUAUGAUUUUGAAACACAGCACGAAAUACACGGAAAUUGAAAGCUUUUACGUUUUUCGGCAUAAGCUCAGUAUUGGGAAUUAUUGUAUACUUAUGAACCUCGGGAGGAACUUGGACCUACUGCAAUUCACAGACGUGGUAAAUUUAUUGCAAAUUCAACUUUCAAAGGUUGAUCAAGUUGUGCAAAAGUCUACAUUGCAUUUAUAAUGCAUAUGAACGUGCGUGUGUACAAUGUACAUAUGUAACUUGAAUCUGCGAGCAAUGCAAGUGGGCCGAAAAAGGAAAUGCAAAUAAAUAGAUAAGCAGAAAUUACA